AUGCGUCUUAAGUCUAUUAAGAACAUUGAAAAGAUCACCAAGACCAUGAAGAUUGUUGCUUCUACCCGUUUAAACAAGGCUCAAAGAGCUAUGACUGCUUCCAGAGUUUUCAACAAGUCCGAUUCUGAAUUCUACAAGAACGCCGAACCAGAAGCCAGCGAAGCCGAAAAGACUUUGUUAGUUGUUGUUUCUUCCGAUAAGGGGUUAUGUGGUUCUAUCCACACGCAAGUCGCUAAGGCUGCUAGAAAGAGACUCGAAGCUUUAGGCGGUGCAGUUGAUGUUGUUACCGUUGGUGAAAAGGUUAAGGUCCAAUUAAUGAGAACCCACAGUGAAAAAAUGAAAUUGACUUUCAGUGGUACCGGUAAGGAAGCACCAAACUUCCACGAAGUUGCUUUAAUUGCUGAUGAAAUCCACAAGUUAGGUAAAUACGAAAACACCGAAAUUCUCUACAACAAGUACGUUAGUGGUGUUUCUUUCGAACCAUCUGAAUUUUCUGUUUUCGCUUCUGAAGCCAUCGAAAAGGCCCCAGGUUUAUCCAAGUAUGAAUUAGAAGGUGAAGGUGUAUCUGACACCUUGGCUGAGUUCUCUUUAGCUAACUCUCUUUUAACUGCUAUGGCUGAAGGUUACGCUUCUGAAAUUUCUGCCAGAAGAAACGCUAUGGAUAACGCUUCUAAGAAUGCUGGUGAUAUGAUCGACUCUUACUCUAUCUUAUAUAACAGAACCAGACAAGCUGUUAUUACUAAUGAAUUGGUCGAUAUCAUUACUGGUGCCUCUUCAUUAGAAUAG